AUGGCUGCUCUAGAAGUUUGGGGACGACGAACAUCGUCCAACGUCCAAGCUCUGAUGUGGUGCAUCGGGGAACUCGGCCUCCCCUACAAACGCCACGAUGUGGGCCACCGCUACGGGGGCAAUGACACACCCGAAUUCCUCGCCAUGAACCCCAAUGGCACCGUCCCCGUUCUCCGAGACGGCGGCGGCGAGCCCAUAUGGGAGACAGGCGCAAUCACUCGCUAUCUAGCAGCGCGUUAUGGCACCGAUGAAUUCUGGCCGAAGGAUCCGGUGGCUCGAGCCCAAGUCGACAAAUGGGCCGAGUGGUCGAAGCUGAAUGUCGGUGGGGCUUUUACAGGGCCGAUCUUCUGGAGCAUUGUGAGGACUGCGCCUUCAAAGCAGAAUGCGAAAGCAAUACAGGAAGGUAUCUCUCGUCUGGAUUAUUUUCUGGAUAUUGCGGAAGUGCAGUUGUCGCGUGCGCAGUUUAUAGCUGGUGACACGCUCACGCUGGCUGAUAUUCAGUUCGGUCAUGUCUUGUUCCGAUAUUUUGAUAUUCCGAUUACUCGCAAGGACCGUCCUCAUCUUCGUCGGUAUUAUGAUAUGCUCACUUCUCGUGCUGCCUACCGGGAGCAUGUGAUGGUGGACUACGGGGAGCUGCGUGUUUUGGAUUGA